AUGCAGUACUCUAGCUUCUUAUUUCUCGCCGCGCUAGUCUUGAUCCCAAGUCAAGCCAUCUCAUUUAUAACCUUCGCCUGCGACGAUAACUCGCCGAAAAAUGUCAACAAGAAGACGGGUAAAUGCAUAAGGCAGAUCACAAAUUACGAUAGAACAGACACAACAAUAAACUAUUUGUUGAAGCCGGAUAGCAUUGUGUUGGCGAUUGAUGCCAACCGAGUCGGUGGUUUUGGCUCCGUGAGCUUUACCUGCGAUGGUCAAACCAUAGGCCUCGGUAAAGUAGAGCAGACCAUUUGUACGGACUUCCAACAAAAUCUACUAGGAACGGACCCUUAUUCCUUUGCAGACCUCGCUACACAUGCUUAUCCUAAAAAACCCGCCGGAAGUAAAAGACCAAGAUCACUCUAA